ACAAUGGCCACYCUUCUCAUCACCCUUGCGGUGGUUAUCGUUUCUUUAAGCUUGCCGUCAUUGACCACCGCUGACUACCCCCAUUCACCUCCACCACCUAAGAAAUCCCCACCACCACCACCUCCUCCUCAUUAUGUUUACAAAUCACCACCACCACCUCCUCCGGUUUACAAGUCACCCCCACCACCCGUUUACAAAUCACCCCCACCACCUCCACCGGUUUAUAAGUCACCACCACCUCCUACACCAGUUCACAAGUCUCCACCACCACCAAAGAAACCCUAUGUAUAUAAGUCACCACCACCCCCAACCCCGGUGCACAAGUCACCGCCACCACCAAANAAGUCACCACCACCCCCAACCCCGGUGCACAAGUCACCGCCACCACCAAAGAAACCUUAUGUAUACAAGUCACCACCACCCCCAACCCCGGUCCACAAGUCACCRCCACCACCAACCCCGAUCCACAAGUCACCACCACCACCAAAGAAACCUUAUGUAUACAAGUCCCCACCACCACCAACCCCCGUCCACAAGUCACCACCACCACCAAAGAAANUCCACAAGUCACCACCACCACCAAAGAAACCUUAUGUAUACAAGUCCCCACCACCACCAACCCCCGUCCACAAGUCACCACCACCACCAAAGAAACCUUAUGUAUACAAAUCCCCACCACCACCUACGCCUGUGUACAAGUCUCCACCUCCACCAGCACCAGUUCACAAGUCUCCACCACCUCCUUCACCAAAGAAACCUUACGUACACAAGUCCCCACCACCACCAAUGAAGAAGUCGCCACCCACACAUUAUUUCUACAGUUCACCACCUCCUCCUCACUAUUAAGUAAGACGUCUAAGGAUUAAAUAAUAAGAAGUUGGUUGAAUGAGAGGCUAUUGGAGACCCUCAAGACAAUGAUUAUAAUAUUCACGGGAAAGAUGAAAGAAGGGCAAAGAUGUACGGAAAUUGAUUGUACUUUAUUUGUAUUUUAAUAAAUAUUUCCUUUUUCUUCAUUUUUCUUGUCUAUGUAUGAUCAUAUAAUAAUUAUUUUGUAUUUUAGUUCUUAUAAUAAUGGAUGAAAUUAUAAAACGUGUCUUAACUUUUUAUAACAAAAAAA